UAUUUAGUGGCACGAAUCCAUCUUCGAAUAUAUUGAGAUUUGGUGUUCUGAUAGGGUGUUGAAGCUUGAAUCGAAAUAGCGAAAUGGCGUCAGUGAAGGUGAAGGAGACUGUUGCUGCCAAUCCCGUCGUCGUCUUCAGCAAGACCUACUGUCCCUUCUGCGUGAGCGUCAAGAACCUGUUACAGCAAGUUGGAGCCACCUUCAAGGUCAUCGAGCUGGACACUGAAAGUGAUGGAAGUGAAAUGCAAGCUGCUCUUUUCGAAUGGACUAAACAGCGGACUGUGCCAAAUGUUUUCAUUGGGGGAAAUCACAUUGGUGGCUGUGACACCACAACAGGCCUGCACCAGCAAGGAAAGCUGAUUCCUCUGCUUACUGAAGCUGGAGUUCUUGCCAAGUCAUCUGCUUGAAAGCAUUUAGUUAUCUAUUUGAGUAUAAUAGCAAUAAAUGGUGACUUUAUCGUUUUCAUUGAUGCUUUAUUAUUAUCGGAUAUAAAAUGUUAUUAGACUUAAUGUUUUAAUGGGAGUUAAUGGUAGACCCAGUAAAUUUGGUUUGUAUUUAUCCUUGCUUUGUAAUUUGUUUGAGAUCUUUA